AAUCAUAGUUUUCAGUCCGAUAUAAAUCGCGGCACGGAUUUAAGCUUAGCUUAGCUGGGUGGGUGAAGCUUCGAGCUUUGAAGAGUAAAAGUACUCGAUCGCCAGAAAGAACGCAGCCAUGAUUCAAUUUGUGCUUCUUAUAAGCAGGCAAGGAAAAGUCAGGUUGACAAAAUGGUAUUCGCCUUAUACCCAAAAGGAAAGAACUAAGGUCCUUCGCGAGCUCAGCGGAGUAAUUCUUGCACGAGGUCCCAAGCUCUGUAAUUUUGUGGAUUGGAGAGGAUACAAAGUUGUUUAUAAAAGAUAUGCUAGUCUAUAUUUCUGUAUGUGUAUUGAUCAAGAAGAUAACGAAUUAGAGGUCCUUGAAAUGAUUCAUCAUUAUGUUGAGAUUCUCGACCGAUACUUUGGCAGUGUCUGUGAAUUGGAUCUGAUCUUUAACUUCCACAAGGCCUACUAUAUACUGGAUGAAAUUUUGAUCGCUGGUGAACUUCAAGAGUCAAGCAAGAAAACAGUUGCACGGUUGAUAGCUGCACAGGAUUCUUUGGUGGAGACUGCAAAGGAGCAGGCUAGUUCAAUAAGCAAUAUAAUUGCGCAGGCCACGAAAUAGUGAACGACAUACAUAUGGUCACCUGUUGUAUUAAUAUACACCGAAGUGCGUCUGUACCAAAAUGAUUAUUUUUAUUUUGGAUUAUUUUUUGAAAAAUAACUGAUGUGCCUUUCUUCUUUUAGUUGUGUAUGUCUUCAAAAGGAUUGUAGACAGGGUUGCUCUCCGGGUUUGCCUUUAAUUAUAUGUCUUGUGCGGCUA